UUGGAGCAGCCCUUCCUCUGUGGCCAUUUGGGAACCGGCAUCAUGGAGUGGAUGGUGGUGGCCUUGGUCAGCUUCCAGCUCUUAGAGGCGGCAGUUGUCAAAGUCCCCCUGAGGAAAUUAGAGCCUAUCCGUGCAACCAUGAAGGAGAAGGGCUUACUGGGGGAGUUCCUGAGGACCCACAAGAAUGACCCUGCCCAGAAGUACCACGUUGGCGACCUCGGCAUGGCCUACGAACCCCUGGCCUAUCUGGAUAGUCUGUACCUUGGAGAAAUCGCCAUCGGGACCCCACCGCAGAACUUUCUGGUCCUUUUUGAUACCGGAUCCUCCAGCCUGUGGGUGCCCUCGGUCCAGUGCCAGAGCCAGGCCUGUGCCACUCACUCCCGCUUCAACCCCAACGCGUCCUCGACUUACUCCAGCCACGGGCAGACCUUCUCCGUGCAGUACGGCAGCGGCAGCCUCCGUGGCAUCUACGGCUAUGACACUCUGAGGGUCCAGAGCGCUCAGGUCCCCAACCAGCAGUUUGGCCUUAGUGAGCACGAGCCAAGUCCCUAUUUCCUCCAGUUCAAGUUUGAUGGCAUCAUGGGCCUGGCCUACCCAGCCCUGGCAGAGGGUAGGAGCGCCACGGCUCUGCAGGGCCUGCUGCAGGCUGGCCUCCUCUCCAGCCCAGUCUUCAGCUUCUACCUGGGCAGAGGUAUGAGCUCUCAGAAUGGAGCAGUUCUCAUAUUUGGAGGGAUAGACCACAGCCUGCACAGUGGACCGAUCUACUGGGCCCCCGUCACCCAGGAGCGCUACUGGCAGAUUGGCAUUGAGGAGUUCCUCAUUGGUGGCCAUGCCACGGGCUGGUGCUCCCAGGGCUGCCAGGCCAUUGUGGACACAGGCACAUCUCCGCUCACUGUACCCCAGCAGUACCUGAGCGCCCUUCUGCAGGCUACAGGGGCCCAGGCUGACCAGUACGGACAGUUUACCGUGGACUGUAACAACAUCCAGAACCUGCCCACCUUGACCUUCCUCAUCAGCGGUGUGCAUUUCUCCCUGCCCUACCACUCCUACAUCUUCACAGGAAAUGGCGUUUGCACCAUUGCGGUCCAGGCCACCUACCUGCCCUCCAGCAGUGGCCAGUCCCUGUGGAUCCUCGGGGGCGUCUUCCUCAGGUCCUACUAUUCCAUCUUCGACAUUGGCAACAACAGGGUGGGCUUUGCCACUGCUGCCUAGACUCAGCGCCUAGACACCUGGCUUCCCUCUUCCUCUCCACCCUCAGCCCUGCAGGCGCUACUUCUCUGGAUUCAGCCUUCU